UUUUUUUCAAUGCAGAGGUCGGGUGACGCCCCUCCCUCCUCUCUCCCUCCGCUGCCUACAGCAUCAGCACCUCCAAAGCCGCGCAAGGCGAGCCGCCGCUGGAAGAUGCUCUCCGCUCCGUUACGACCCGCAGCGAGGCGGCUCACCGAGGGGCUGAUGGGAUGCUUUUACCACGUCCGUUCCGCCUCGCCGCUUUCAUUCAUGGUGCACCAUUCACGCGUCUCCGCGGAUGGCAGCCCCCUGCCAGGGAACCAUUAAAACAGCCCCGCCGGCUCGCAUCGGUCGCUGGCGUUUUCGCGUCUUCUGUUUUCAUGUAGGUCAGAGGGAUGAAGACCUCGAUUUCGUCUUUGGAGGGCGCCGCGUGAAUUUCGCUCAGAUCCAAGGGACGCCGAGCGAACAAAAGGCAUCCCAGCCCUCCUCCUCUGACGCACCUGGCUGCCCUGUCGCCACUUGACAUGACAGCGCAGAGCCGGGAGCAGGGCAGCAGGAUCAAGGGGCACCGACGUGCAGCCGGACGUGCGGACUCGACCAGGAGCGGGGGACGCUCGGCGGAGCGGAAGCAGCAGCCCAGGGGAGGCCGGAUUGCAGUUUCUGGGGACGAGCGCCAAGGGCAGUGCGGCAGUCAGCAGACAGACCGGGGGGAGGAGGCUGCGGAGAUCUGUGAUACACUCUCCCCAGAAAGCCCUCUCCACACCAUCCUGAAAAUAUGAUGGUGGGUGUUUGUGUGCUUGAUCUAUGGUGACUGUGGCACUCCCCGAUCAUCCUCUCCUCUCCUCUCUUCCUUCCCAACCAAUCACUGGUGAUGUGCCAUUAAAAGCUUAGAUCUGCUCUCCAGGCACGGGUGGAGCCCUGAGGGGGGGACCGAUGAGCAUACUGGCCAGGCAUCACUUGGUCCCUCCUCCUCCGUUUUUGCUCCUUUCGCUUGUCGCCUGCACUAUGGGCUGCCUUCAGAGCAUUGCCUGCAAGCCCCGCAUCAGACGGGAGAACAUCGUGGUGUACGAGGUGUCGGCCUCCAUUGACCAGUGUCCUACCAUCAUAGAGGAGAACUCACCCAUUGUGCUCCGUUAUAAGACGCCCUACUUCAGGGCCUCGGCGGGGGUUGUGAUGCCCCCGGUGCCCCGCAACGAGACCUGGGUGGUGGGCUGGAUCCAAGCCUGCACCCAGAUGGAGUUCUACAACACCUACGGUGACAUCGGCAUGUCAAGCUGGGAGCUACCGGAGCUACGUGAGGGCCGGGUGAAGGCCAUCAGCGACUCGGAUGGCGUCAGCUACCCCUGGUACGGCAACACCACGGAGACGGUGACCCUGACCGGCCCAACGUCCAAACCCUCUCGGCUGACGGUCAGCAUGAACGACAACUUCUACCCCAGCGUGACCUGGGCGGUCCCCAUCAGCAACAGCAACACCCCCAUGCUGACCCACAUCACCCGGGACCAGAGUUUCAUCACCUGGCUGGUGGCCAUGAACUCUGUCACCAAGGAGCGCAUUGUGCUGCAGACGGUGCGGUGGAGGAUGCGGGUCGACAUCGCCGUGGACCCGGACAUGCCCCUCGGCUCCCGGGCCUCGCUGGUGGGUCGACCCUACCAGGAGCAGCCGCACAUCCUCAACUACCAGGAGCCCAUCCCUCCCAACGCGCUGGGAAGACCCAACGCCAACGACGCCCAAGUGCUGAUGUGGAGGCCGAGGAGAGGGGCGCCGCUCGUGGUCAUACCACCGAAAUAGGAGGGGUGAAAUCGCUGCACAGACAAAAGCGUAGGCGCUCCCUUUCAGCGGAAAGAAAGGGAGGACGGGGCGCUCACGGUGCCCGCCGGCUUCCUCGGGGCUCCUGAUCUCUAAAGGAUGGAAGCGGACUGUUAACAUAAGCCAAAGUGGAUGUUACAUCUUGGAUCUGACACAGCAGUCAGACCCCCCCACACACACACACACACACACACACACACACAGACACAUGUUGUCCUCGAGGGCCUUGAGCGACAUCAAGGCUUGUCUGACCCCCCCCCCCCCCUUGAUAAGUUUUGAACUGCAUAUUUAGCUCUGCCUGCAUUUUAGCAAUGUACAAACCCAGUUUUUAGACGCACCACAGAGGUAUUAGCCGACAACAAGAACUGCAUCCCGCAUCCUUAUGUAGACCUUAUUGCAUGAGAGUGAGGAGACUGAAAAAAUACUGAAAAAAAAGAAAAAGAACUGUUCUUAUAGAAGUUUAAGAACGUUUGUUUUAUAUAACUUGAUACCUGAAGACGUUUUGAUUGAAGAAUUCAGCCAAAUACGAUGCAGGCUGGUUUGACCUCGUCGGUGCCAACAAAGGCCUUCAGCACACCCAGUACUGCUUUUAAAGGAUGUAUUCAGAUCGGUUCAACCAAUCUUAGUAUUAUACGAGUCUUUUUAGGUUUAAGAUGAAACCCACGCAUCCAUCAGAUUGUAUUGAGAAGCACCCGGGUGGAAGGAAAGCACCACUGCUACUGUUUUCACAGGAUUCCUACACUUAUGGCAUAGUUUCACCUCUUUUGUGCAGCUGAUAUACUGUAUUUCAGUGGGUGUCAGAUCACUGCAAAGAUGAGCUGGAUCUCUUGAUGCAUUAAAUAAAAAAGGUGCCAGACAAGCUUACAUUAAGUACAGUGUAAAUGGUUUGGAAUACUGCCAUCUGGCACACAGUGUAGCCGGAGGUGUCCACAAACCAACGUGGCGCUAAUAAAGUUCUGUUGCAGAUAAAGUUA